AUGAUCAAACAAAGCCUUUGCAGAUUGUCAUCGCACCCAUCUUUUUUGCAGCGCCUGGGGCUCACUUCGCUUCAUCAUCGGAAUACAGCCCGAUCAUUCAAUACCGCUCUCUGUUAUGUAUGUUCUGAAAAUACAACAUCACCAUCAUCAACUUCACCUGAAGAUACUUCAAAAUACAUUAAAGCGUUUUCUAUACAAUCCGUAUCUAAAGAAGGAACAUUGAUUGAAUCAUCAGCAACUACAUGUCGAACUGCUAAAAUAAUAAUGGAUGAACCAGUGUCUUUGGGCGGAAAAGGGACUGGACCAACUCCUUUGGAGCUCUCCUUAGCGAGCUUAUCCGGAUGUGAAUUAAUUACUGCAAGAUAUAUUGCUAGAAGUAUGAAAAUGGAAAUUAAAACAAUCGAAUGCACAAAAAUGCAAGGUAAAAUAGAUGUCAGAGGAAUGAGAGGUGUGAGUGGAAUUCCAGCUCACUUCACUCAUGUAGACAUGGUAUAUGAAGUAGAAACGGAUGCUGAAGAUGAUAGAAUUCAAGACUUGAAAUCACGAGUAGAGAAGGCAUGUCCAGUAUAUCAACUGUUCAAGGCUGCUGGAGUUAUAAUGAAUUGUGAGUGGAAAAAGAAACAGUAG